CAGCAGGGUAAGUGGAAAUGUCCUAAACCGACUUUUGAGAGAGGAGAAAAAAACCCGUUCGCUUCUUCUCUAUAUAAAUACUCACAAACCCUUCUCUCUCUUUUAAAUCCCUACGUUACGGAAUACACAGCCUCGAUCUAAUAUUCUGUUUGUUUUCCCUUUUAUUAUUCUCUCUUCGGACAACCUAAUCGUGAGCUACUUUUUUUGAUCUGCCAAACAAUGUCUACAAAGAGCGUCGUCGUUUUCAUGCUCGUAGCUCUUUUUGCUUCCGCCGCUCUCGGUCAGGCUCCUGGAGCUGCACCCACUGUUUCUCCGCCGUCCAAGUCACCGUCGGCUGCGCCUGCUCCAAAAACUGCUACUCCGGCGCCGGCGCCUGUUCAAGCUCCUACAAAUUCGCCACCUGUCUCUGCUCCUGUUCCAGCUCCUUCAAGUACUGCUGCUGCUCCAGUUCCAGCCGGAGCUCCGAGUUUGACACCAAAAAGCUCGCCACCAGCUCCUAUGGCUCCCACCUCUGGUCCUUCAGUCGCUCUCCCUCCUGGAACGGUAGCCGGAACUCCUGCUGAAACUCCAUCGGAUAAUUCUCCAAACGGUGCUUCUUCUGUUUUUAACAGAAACAGUGUCGUCUUGGCUGUUGGAGCUGGGUGCAUCUGGUCUUUGUUCAUAUAGAUCUGAUCCAUUGAGAGGUUUUCUUUUUCGAAUUUAGUUAAUUAUGAUCAGUUGCUGAUUUUAGGAUUAUUUUAGGAUAAUUAAUAUUAUUAUUUGCAUAUGGACGGUUGAUGUUGAUGGCUGCUCCACUUUUCGUUUGUUUUGACGGUUGAGAUUUGAUAUUGAUUUAUUUAUUGUUAUUAUUAUGAAUUA